GGAACUGAAACAAGGUGCCGGGCGGUCGGGAGGCGGGGGCCACGUCAGCGGGGCCUCCCGGGGCUGUGCGGGGUCCCGGCGGGCGCCAUGCGGCGGGGGGUGCUCCUGGCGUGCGCCCUGGUGGCCUACGCCGCGUACCUGGUGCUGGGCGCGCUGCUGGUUGCGCAGCUGGAGGGGCCGCACGAAGCCCAGCUCCGAGCCGAGCUGGAGACUCUGCGGGAGCAGCUGCUGCGGCUCAGCCCGUGUGUGGAGGCCUCCGCCCUGGACGCUUUCGUGGAGCGGGUGCUGGCGGCCGGACGGCUGGGGCGCACAGUGCUAGCCAACGCUUCGGGGUCCGCCAACGACUCAGACCCCGCCUGGGACUUUGCUUCGGCUCUUUUCUUCGCCAGCACGCUGGUCACCACCGUGGGCUAUGGGUACACGACGCCGCUGACAGAUGCGGGUAAGGCCUUCUCCAUCGCCUUUGCACUGCUGGGUGUGCCGACCACCAUGCUGUUGCUGACAGCCUCAGCCCAGCGCUUGUCACUGCUGUUGACCCACAUGCCCCUUUCUUGGCUGAGAAUACGAUGGGGCUGGGACCCCCGGCGGGCAGCCCGCUGGCACAUGGUGGCUCUGCUGGGGGUCAUAGUGAUCGUUUGCUUCCUGGUGCCGGCUGCAAUCUUCGCCCACCUUGAGGAGGCCUGGAGCUUCCUGGAUGCCUUCUACUUCUGCUUCAUCUCUUUGUCCACCAUCGGCCUGGGGGACUACGUGCCUGGGGAGGCCCCCAACCAGUCCUACCGGGCCCUCUACAAGGUGCUGGUCACAGUCUACCUCUUCCUGGGCCUGGUUGCCAUGGUGCUGCUAUUGCAGACUUUCCACCACGUGUCCGACCUUCAUGGCCUCACCGAGUUCAUCCUGCUGCCCGCUCCAUGCCCUGCUAGCUUCACUGAGAAUGAAGACGAUCGCGUGGACAUUCUGGGUCCCCAGCUGGAGUCACACCAGCAACUCUCUGCCAGCUCCUACACUGACUAUGCCUCCAUCCCCAGGUAGCUGGGGCAGGUGCCAUGAGGCUGGAGGGACCUGGCCUGGGACUGAAGAGCCAUGUGAUGAGAGCUG